AUGACUGACCCAACCCCCUUCACCCUAACAACAGCCCACGUCCCACCCCACUACCUCAAGCCCGCCUUCCUAACAGGCACCAUCCCCUUCCGCACCCUGCAAUCCGACUCCCGCGUAACCUACAAACUCUACAUCCCGCCCUCACACCUCAACCCGAACCCACGGGAUCCAUCUAAUACACAGCAGCUCCUCCCUUUACUAGUGGUAAUCCACGGCACCAGUCGAAAAGCUUCAGAACUGGUGGAGAGUCUUAUCCCAUUCGCGGAGGAGAAGAGAUGUGCUGUUUUGGCGCCGAUGUUCCCCAUGGGUAUUGAAGGGAUGGAAGAUGUGGAUUCGUACAAAGUUCUCAAAUCGAAGAGUUUGAGAUCGGAUUUGGCAGUUCUAAGCAUGCUUGAUGAAAUCUCAACCCGCUGGCCCGGAAUCUCAACCGACAAGAUCUUCCUCUGCGGCUACUCCGGCGGCGCACAGUUCGCCCACCGCUUCAUGUAUCUGUACCCAGACCGUCUCCACGCAGUCAGUAUCGGCGCGCCAGGAAGUGUAACCCUCCUCAAUGGAGACAUGGACUGGCCGCAUGGAAUCAAGAACACGAGUGAGGCGUUCGGAAUAGACGUCGAGCCCGCAAAUAUCGCAACGAUUCCUGAUAUCCAGCUCGUCGUUGGCGAGAACGACAAUACCGUGUAUGGCGGGAAUGCAUUCUACGAGUGGGUGCAGGAGAUGAAGAGGAAAUUGGGAAGGCUAGAGGUGAAUUGUGAACAUGUGUGCGGCGAAAUCGGGAAAGUGGGUAUGGGUGCAGAGAGGGAGGGGAGGCUGCAGACGAUCUUGAAACUUCAUCGGCUAUGGUUUGAGUCGGGGAUCGAGGCUAGGUUGGAUAUCGUGCCUGGGGUGGCGCAUGAUUGGAGGGGUGUGCAGGGUGCUAUGUUGGAGUUUUUGGGACCGUUGGUUGCGGCGAAGACGAGAUGA